ACUGUGCUAAAAAACGGUCUUCCAUCGUUUUUCUCCAGCAGCGGACUGACCAGGCCCUUGCAGCCGCUACACGGUGGCCCCGAGCCGGCCUGAUUCCCGCCGCAGACCCGUCAGGUGAGACGGCGGCGGUUCACCGGAGGACGGCAUGCUGCAUAACGCCUCUGGCUGCAGGAUUUACGGACUGCUUCGCUGGGGAAUGCCUGGUCUGUGAUGAAACCCUAAACAAAGUGCGACACAAACGCACACAGACCCAUGCACAUUACAAACGGACCUGUUUUGCAUCGUAACUUUGCUGUUUUUGCCUCAGAUCAGGGGGCUACAGGGGGAUAACCACACAGUAGGUGAGGCUGGUGAGAUUAUUGUCUGGGGAAGGGUGACGCGCAGCCCUCGCGCUGUCAGACGAGGAAGUGAGUCUUCAUACACGCCCAUUUCAGCCUGCUAAAAAAGCCCAGGCUCGUUCAUCAGAUAACAGCAACAGACUUUAUAAACAUGCGCUCACUUUCGGAUGGACGACACCACGGGGAAUAAACCGCCAGACGACGCCGAUCUCAGCAGUGUGUUUCAGUGUUGAAUGAUGGAGAAGGAGCUGGUUCAGCAGAGCCAAUCAGAACAGGCCACCAAUGGAACCAGUCCUCAGACCACAACCCCAACAUCCGACCCCUCCACACCUACAACGCCCACCCCUCCUCGGCUCACCCCUAACCCCAUGCUCCUUGACUCCCCUGCACCCACGUUAACACCGACCACCUCCUCCCCUCCUCCCCCUCUCACCCCUGCUCCCUCCGUCUCCGUAACCCACAGAUCGAAGUCGGCGGGGGUUGCCCUUUCCCCCCACAUCCUCAUCCAAGCUCCCCCUAAACUCACCACCACCGCAACCCCAGCCCUACGCACGUACUCUCGACCCAUCCUUCCUUCCCCGUCAGGCUCCUCCAAAGCAUCUCCUGCCACACAAACUUCCACCUCCUCCUCUUCUGUUACAGCAACCACAAAUUCGCCCCUUCUCUCCUCCACACCAUCCUCCUCUGCAACGCACAGCAACACCACAAUGUCAACCAAGACCUCCACCAGCCUGACAAAUGGGAACACCAGGCCUGGGUCCAACUCCACUCUAAUCACACCCUUUCAUACACCAGCCAGUCCACCUGGUAGACAGGUGUCACAGUCUCAUCCUACAGGCACACCUGGUCUUGUGCGAGCCAAUCAGAGCCCAUCCCCUGUCAGGCAGAGGGUAUCCCAGCAGACCUUGCUCCUGGGUAAAGGCCUCAAGGGGUCUGGCCAGGACCAGGUGCUGCUUAGAGCUCAGAUGCUUAUUCUUACGUCCGCUAUGCGACCUGCACAGUCAUCCUCUUCCUCCUUCUCUUCCUCUUCUGCCCCUUCCUCUAACCCUGCCUCCGCUCAGCUGCAGAGUCUCACCUUGAGGCCACCUCCCCCUGGGACCCUCACCAUCCCCCCCUCCCUUCGACUGAAGUCCCCCUCUUCGGCUCCACCACCACCGUCUCGCCCUCACGGCGCCCUCUUCCCUCCCCUCAGGCCGCGACCGCAGCCCAGCACCACGACAACAGAGAGCCCGACCACGCCCUGCCGACACCUCUCCGUCCCUCCUCCAACUCUCUACUCUCCAGUUCGAGCCGUCCCUCUGAGGCCCAGGCUUCAUUCGCCCAACAGUCACAGAGCGGCAGCUCCACGCCAAUCCUCGACCCUCCAACCGAUCGCUGCUGCUCCCUCCAGUCAGGCCUCUCCCACCAGCCAGCCACCAGCAGGGCUGAAACCGCCGCCUGGUCCAGGUCAGCCAGCAGGGCUGAAACCGCCGCCUGGUCCAGGUCAGCCAGCAGGGCUGAAACCGCCGCCUGGUCCAGGUCAGCCAGCAGGGCUGAAACCGCCGCCUGGUCCAGGUCAGCCAGCAGGGCUGAAACCGCCGCCUGGUCCAGGUCAGCCAGCAGGGCUGAAACCGCCGCCUGGUCCAGGUCAGCCAGCAGGGCUGAAACCGCCGCCUGGUCCAGGUCAGCCCCAGCAUGACCCGUUAACUUUAACAAACCAUUUCGAACGCUCGCCGUCUGCAGCGAGGCAGCUGCAAAUCAUCGCCCUUUCUUCGGGUCGACAGCCACAGACGAGCACGUACACUCAUGCUGCGGUGCGGCCCACAUCUCCAGUUAUAGAGUCACCGGAGCUUCCCAGCCAAUCACAGAGUGCUGCAAGCGGUGAAGACAUAUUUCCUCUUCCUCGAAACCCCUCCCUGCCAAAAAACACCUCUCCUCUGUCCUCCCCUCCAUCUCUCCUGAGUCCAGCCUCUCCUUCGAGUCAAACUGGCCCUCAAACACAAACUUUGAGCCAGAAAGGAGAGAGAAAGGACAGUGAUGAGCAGGGAGAGAGAAGCAGAGUGAAAGCAGGAGUCAGAGACGGCCUGCAGGUGGAGAGAGAUGACCAAAGACAGAAAGUGAAGGAGGAGAAGCCGACUGAGGAGCAGAUAGUUGAGACGGAAAGAGAGGAAGAUCAAAUGGAAGUAACAGAGGAAGGUGAAAGUGACAGAGAGAAGAGAGGGAAGGGUGAGGAGAGGAAAAUGGAGGAAGAGAAGGAGGAAGGGGAGGCUCAGAUGGAACAGUCUGAUCUUGUUCCAACUGAUGAUUCCAACAUGCAGUCAAAACCCAACCUGGGUCUCCCCUCAGCUCCAGUUCCAGAUCAACCACCCGCUCCAGAGGUCUCUGUCCAGAGUCAGAGGCUGCCAGAACCACACCGAGACCAGCAGCCCGGCACCCAGGAGGACUUCUGCGAGAACAUGUCGACUCAGUCUGACAACCAGUCAGCUUUGUCCAGCCUCUCCUCCCAGUCUCCCCCCUCCUCGCCUUUCAUCACCCCAUCAGCAGAGAAUCCUCCUCCCCUCCUCUCAUCUCAGACCGCCCACCCGACUGACCUCAGCCUGUCCCAGCACGAGACAGAGAAAGUGGACAAAGAGGUGUGUGAUUCGCAGCACAUGGAUGAAACUGGGGCGGGGCCUGUUGGACAGUCAGAGGAAGAGUCUGACAGCUUCAUCCAAUCGCUGAGCGGCCCCUGGGAGCCGAAGGCAUGGCCUGAGGGACGGCAGGUUCUGACUCACCUGGUGGAGGGAUUCGUCAUUCAGGAGGGGCUCCAGCCUUUUCCUGUAACCCGUUCAUCCCUGUUGGUUCCAGAGCAGGUGGCCAAACCACAGGAAGUCAACGGGACCAAUGGGAGAGCAGCACUUCCUGUGAAGGACACAAUAAAGCAGCCUGAGCACUCGACAGAUUCAGAUGAAGAGGAGGGAGGAGACACAGACGACCCCGGGACCAGGUCGGGCCAUAAAGACCGAACGGUGCUGCACUGUCAGUUCUGCGGGAAGAGAGGCCACGCCCACAACUUCAUGCGUUCCAAGCGCUUCUGCUCCACUUCAUGUGCACGCGGGUUCAACGUGCGGCUGACGAAGCGCCUGCGAGCUCUGAGUGCAGGCAGUCGAUCGGAGAGGCCUCGUCCGGCCCUGAACAGGGCCGAAUCUGUACCUGGGAAACCUCUGCUGCUGCGGCUGCCUCGGGAUCUCUGGAGCUCCAGUCGGCGUGAGAAGGAGGGGAAGGAGAAGGCAGCGUCAGCAGUGGAGCACGAGGAAGAGGAGGAAGAAGAGGAGGACGAGGAUGUGGAGGGAUGCAGAGAGGAGGAGGAGGAUGAUAGAGAGGAGGAGGAUCAUGUGGUUGCCAUGGCAGCCAGGAUGGAGCACAGGGCUGCACGGAGAGCAAGGAGAGCAUCUGCGCCUGCUGUCACGACCUCCACGCCCUUAACGCCCACCACUACGUUUAAGCCCGCCCCCUCCCAGUGGACCGUGGAGGAAGUGACCGCCUUCAUUCACACGCUGCCAGGCUGCAGCGACGUUGCAGAGGCUUUCCGGGUGCAGGAGAUCGACGGCCAGGCUCUGCUGCUGCUGACUGAGGACCAUCUGAUGACCAGCAUGAACAUCAAACUGGGACCUGCUCUCAAGAUCUGUGCUCACAUCAACACACUGAAAAACCAGUGAGGGAAGAACUGACAUGGAAAGGCGGUGAAAAAAGGUCAUGUUUAAUACGGAGGAAAUAAAGGCAAUAAAGACGGGAACCAUGAGGAAAACAGAGAAAAUCUGCAAGGCAAUUGUGUGGCUACAGAAGACAAAAGCUGACACCAAGGAUGACAGAACAAAGUCACAAAAAGAGGAAAUUAAUGGUAAAUUAUAAAUUAUGAGAUUAUAAAUCGAGGUGUGGCCUUAGUGGACAGAAACGGGGGUGCAGAGGCCCGCGGAUGCCAGUGUCCAUAAGAAAAUCAUCUGUUUUAGGCCCUCUGACUGUAGCAGGAGACUGGAGAGGGAUUCUUUUGUAAGUUUGUGUAUAUUUUACAUGCCACCGGAGAGUGUAAAUUUCAAGCUAUUUCAUGAAGGAUUUUGAACAUUUAAUAUAUUAAAUUUGUCUAUUUAGUUUUUUUAGAAACGUGACGUCAGUGACAAAUCUAUCCCGUAGCUAACAUAACCAGUGUGUGUUAAAGAAAAACGACAAUUAACACGUAGACUUUGUAAGUGAUUAAUGAAAGUUUAAUGUUUUAUAUCAAUAUAUUCUGGACAAAAACAUGUCUGUCGAUUUAAAAAAAAAAGUCACUAACAGGGUAGAGACUGGUGUCUUCAAUCGUCACAUUUUUAUGGUAUCAUGCUUGAAAUUAUUUAAUAAAUGAAUAAUUAAACAAAAGAAUA